AAGUUUUCACGCGCAACACUUACUUUUCAGUUGUCCAUCGACUCGCGUCGAACAACACUCGCGUUCCAGUACAGUUUUUCUUUAUUUUUCUUAUCCACUAGUUCGUACAAGGUUGACGGGCAAAGUUUUUAUAGAUUUCGAUAUCGAUUCGUCACCAUCUUGAGAAGAUUAAAGCACAAAAAUAACAAUGUCUACAUCAUUGAAUUUACUGGACGAUCAACGUUUCGCUUUGAUGAAAUUUAGACGAACCGUUGCUGAUAUUCUGCAACCCCAUCACGAUGAUCAUUUCCUUCUUCGUUGGUUACGAGCGAGAAGCUGGAACAUCACUGCGGCCGAGAAAAUGCUGAGGAACUCAAUGCAAUGGCGAAAGCAAUGGGAAGUUGACAAGAUAGAAGAAUGGGAUGAACCGGAACUUAUCAAAAAUUACUUGCCACAUGGUUUAUCUGGAUUCGAUAAAGAAAAUGCACCAGUUGUUGUUAUACCUUUCGCCGGAUUUGAUAUAUAUGGAACUCUUCACGUAGUUACACGAAGAGACAUUAUAAAGAGUUUGAUAAAAUAUUUGGAAUAUUAUUUAAGGAUAUGCAACGAACAAGUAAGGAAGCAUGGUCCACUUGCUGGAAAAGUAACCGUCAUCUACGAUAUGGAAGGAUUUAAUCUGAAGCAAUACUUGUGGAGGCCAGCCGGUGAAGUUGUCAUUAGCGCAAUUCAAAUGUACGAAGCGAAUUAUCCAGAAAUUUUAAAAAUGUGUUACAUCAUUAACGCCCCGAAAAUGUUCUCUUUUGCCUUUUCCGUCGCAAAAAGAUUUUUGAACGAGUAUACAUUAUCGAAGAUACAAAUUUUCAAAGCAGAUCCAAUGAAAUGGAAGCCUGCGAUAUUGAAACUAGUUCCAGCUGAUCAAAUACCUGCUCAUUUCGGAGGCACUUUAAAAGAUCCCGAUGGGAAUCCAAAACUCGUAACAAAGAUUUGUCAAGGUGGAAAAAUACCAAAGGAAAUGUACGUGGACAAAACGGAAAAUGAUAAAUCUACGGACUACACUACUGUCACUAUUCGUAAAGGAGAUAAAUUAGAGCUUUGUUUGACUACAUCAGAAGAGGGAUCUCUUUUAAGUUGGGAUUUUCGCACGGAAGAUUAUGAUAUUAAAUUCGGUAUUUUGAAAGAGGAUACGUCAGGUAUGAAAACUGAAAUCGUACCUAUUACAAAAAUAGCUGCACAUAAAUUAAAUGAAAUAGGCAUUGUAACCUGUGAUAAACCAGCUACAUAUUCUGUCGUCUUUGAUAAUACUUAUAGUCUCAUUAGGAGUAAAAAGAUUCAUUAUUCUAUACGCGUCUUACCACCAUCGGAAGAAUUAAAAGAACAAAUGCCAUAAAAUAAUAUGCGAAUGGGAAUAACAUGCAAUGAAACAAUAGAGGUAUAUAUAAAUGGUAAUGGGAUCUUACAGCUGUAUUAAUAAAGAAUAUUCUUAAGAUCAACAAAUUUAGAAAGUUAUAUAUAUAAUAGACUUAUCUAUUGGAAAAAUGUUCACUUUAAACUUUUUAUAUCAAUUAUAAGCUAAGAAUUUUCACUCUAUAAUUGUGUAAUAAAUUCCAAAAUAAAAUAUACUUUGCACAUUAA